ACGCUCCCACAGAGGGGCGGGUUAUCAACAACGGCUCCGUGUCUGUGUCGGUGUCGGUGGAAGGAAGCUAACGUUACGUUACCGGAGGGGGGACAGAGACAGAGAGCUCAGAGUGUUGUUUUGAAUUCACGAUAAGACACCGACUCUAGAAGAGAAGCGGGGCCAGAACAGGGCCUUGUGGGAGAACAUGGCGGAUGUAGAAGACGAUGAAACUCGGUCGGCUCCUCACACUUCUUCUUCUUCAUCCCGUAACGGUCCGGCGGUUGGUGUCGGUGUCGGUGUCGGUGUCGGUUCUACCGCGGGCCAGCAGCAGCAGCAGACCGCGGCAGCAGCUAAUGUGGUGGUGGCAACGUCAGGACCGCGGAUGGUGCGGAUCGUCAAGUCGGAGUCCGGCUACGGCUUCAACGUCCGCGGGCAGGUCAGCGAAGGAGGACAGCUCCGGAGCAUCAACGGAGAGCUGUACGCUCCUCUGCAGCACGUCAGCGCCGUGUUACCGGGCGGAGCGGCGGACCGAGCCGGGAUAGCGAAGGGGGACCGGAUCCUGGAGGUUAAUGGUGUGAGUGUGGAAGGAGCCACCCAUAAGCAGGUGGUGGACCUGAUCCGCGCAGGAGAGAAGGAGCUGGUUCUGGCUGUGCUGUCUGUUCCAGCUCAGGAGGCUGAUGGAUUGGAAGGAGGAGAGGAUGUCCAACCCAACUAUGACUACAGCGACAAGCAGGCAGUGCCCAUUUCCAUUCCCACCUACAAACAUGUAGAGCAGCACUCCGAGAGGUUUGUGGUGUACAACGUGUACAUGUCCGGGAGACAGCUGUGCUCAAAGCGCUACCGGGAGUUUGCCAUCCUGAACCAGAACCUAAAGAGGGAGUUUUCCAAUUUCAACUUCCCAAAGAUUCCCGGUAAAUGGCCCUUCUCCCUGUCCGAACAGCAGCUGGAUGCUCGCCGCAGAGGCCUGGAGGAAUAUCUCGAGCGAGUUUGCUCUGUGCGGAUCAUCGGGGAGAGUGACAUCAUGCAGGAGUUUCUCUCUGAAUCAGAUGAGAACUACAACGGAGUGACGGACGUAGAGCUGCGGAUAGCCCUGCCAGACAAGACCACCAUCUCUGUCAGAGUCCGCAAGAACAGCACCACAGACCAGGUGUACCAGGCAUUAGUGAUGAAGGUUGGAAUGGACAGUAUUAUGGCGAGCUACUUUGCCCUUUUUGAAGUCAUCAACCACUCCUUUGUGCGGAAGCUGGCGCCUAAUGAGUUUCCCCACAAGCUUUAUGUGCAGAAUUACACGUCGGCAGUGCCGGGGACUUGCUUGGCGCUCCGCAAAUGGUUGUUUAGCUUCCAGGAGGAGGAGUUGCUAAGAGAUAACCCGCUGGCACUGCACUACUGCUUUCACCAGGCAUUGGAAGAUGUGAAGAAGGGAUUCAUAAAAACAGAGGACAAAUCCUACCAGCUGCAGAAGCUGGCAGAGCAGCGCAAGAUGGCCACGUACCUGAGUCUGUUGCGGACAUGUGAGGGCUACAAUGAGGUGGCGUUCCCCCACUGCUCCUGUGACUCCAGGAGGAAGGGACAUGUCAUCACAGCGAUCAGCAUCCAUCACUUCAAGCUGCACGCUUGUACAGAGGACGGCACGCUGGAGAACCAGGUGAUAGCUUUCGAGUGGGCGGAGAUGCAGCGCUGGGACACUGAUGAAGAGGGGAUGGCUUUCUGCUUUGAAUACGCCAGAGGAGAGAAGAAACCUCGCUGGGUCAAGAUCUUCACACCAUAUUUUAACUACAUGCAUGAGUGCUUUGAGCGGGUCUUUUGCGAGCUGAAGUGGAGGAAACAGGUUGAGGAAGAGGCAUCUGACAAAGACAACAAAAACUGCAGUAACAAUGAGUAUCUGCCUCCUCUGGAGACGCAGCAGAAGGGAUGGCGCCACCUAGGGGGUGAGAUCGCAACUUCCUAAAAUCAUAUUGUCAUCACUCGAACUAGAAACUGGUCCACACUUGCAUCAUCACAGCCACCCCAGAGAGCGCCCAUCGACAAACACAGAACCGAGUGAAAGACCAAGGCGAUCCAUGCCCCCCCGCAAAAACAAAAACCGGAAGUGACCGAUUCGGGAAAUUGGAAUAGCCACACUUUUAACCGACCCCAGGGAUUACACGCAGCAAGAAGAGCAAAUGAAGGAAAAAUAGACAAAAGCCAACUUUCAUGUCAUUUACUAGAUCUCCAUAGAGUGUCUGUUUUCCUCCAUGCACCUAUCUGUCCUGUGAUGCGGGGCAGAACACGAGCAGAUUCUCGCCACUGGUUGAGAUGUAACGCUUACAUACGGCGUGUGACUGGACAGGGUCACCACAGCGCCGCGGCACCAUUUGCGCAAAGGGAGCACCUCGAUGAAUCCUUGACGAGGCCACUGGACGAGGAUAGGAUUGUCGAACACGACCGGCUCGGCCCAGAGCCUCCAGCGUGGCCCCUCGUCUGAUGAACUGAGCCGAGAUGAAAAUAAGAAUGGAGAGAUUCAGAAAAACUGGGUUUUCACCUCUUCAACAGUUAGUGAUACAAAAAGAAAGCAAAGUCAUGCUUUCCACCGAUGAUGGACAUUAACACAAAAUGAUGUUUUCUAUCCGUAAAGUCAGAAGUAUUCUGUCUUUGUCAGAAAACAUAGGCGACACAAAUGUAUCUGAAAAAGGAUUUUGGGUUCAUAAUUAUGUGUAUGUUUAACAAUCUUACUUCUGGUAAAAUAUAGAUUAAUUUAAGAGAUAUAAUAAUUGGUUUCUUGAUCUAACACAAUGAAACACUAACUGAAUUGCAUUCAAGCUGCUCUAACAAAUCAGAAUUGUUCACCUUUUGUUCUGGUGUAACCCACAGUACCCACAGAAUGACGUCUGUUGGCCAUUAAUGUCAGUAUGUGUGUUUAUCCCCAUCGCGAGUGUUUUAUUGUGGUGAUUUUGCAGAGCUUGUGAGGUGAGAGAAAGAUGCGUUCUCAUCCUCAGCUCUGCGCAGGGAUGAUUUCUCGAACAAAUGGUUGACGGGCCAAAUGUUUUUGAAAUGGCACACAUCCUGACAGACGGAUUGUGAAUAUAAAAUAAAGACAGGACAGGAGGGUUUUGUCUGUCGAGCUGCAGUUUUCAGAACAGGCAGCAGAGAGCAGCAGAGCGCAAGACACAUUUAAUUAUAGUCUCUGAGAAGAAAUAUCUUCUCAGCUUCUUAAAAGAGUGAUCCCUCGGGCUCUGUAACUCACCCAAAAGUAUCUCCGCAGUUUGUCCAUUAACCACGUCAGGAGGACAGAUGGUGUGUGUGCGCGUAUGUGUGUGUCGUACAGAGUAGAUGGUGCAUAAAGUUGUGUAACUGCAACCAGCAUACAUAGCAAUGCAGGCAGCCGUCUGCCUCUUACUGCACCUAAAUUGGUACAGUAUUAGUCGUGUGUGUGUGCGCACAUGACGUAUGAUUACAUGACAGUUUUACAAUUUACACAGAUUUCUGUUUUAGAGCAGCAUUUCAGUUUCUUUUCACAUUAUUUUUUUCUCUUUGUAGAUGUUUUGAAAACAUUUGUGUCUCACUUUAAGUGUGUAGAAAGCAGGUUUACAUGCUGACAAAAUCUUCUGAUUGGAGACAUGGUGCGUUAAAUGUGCUGAUUUCACCUGAAUGCAAUAGAGUUUUGUUUAUCCCACUAAUAACGGCUAGUAGUAGUUUAUCUCGACUGACUCAUUACUGACUCAUUCUUGAGCUUCACUCGCUGUCGGGCAGCGACAAAAAAACUGAAAGAGAGUGAUGUUGGUUUAUUUUUAAUCCCACUGACCUAGAGCACAAGUUCAAGUUCCACUUUAGUUAAAGUAUAUAUUUUCUUUUUUACAGUUGAGCUCUGCUCUCGGUUCAACAAAAUGUUUAAUUCAUGCCUACGUUUAGUCAUAAUUUGCUUCCCGCCAGUUACCUUGGAGCUACGCUUGUUAGUGUGUGUGUGUGUAUGCGUGCUGUUUGCGUGCGUGCGCGUGUCCUCUAUGUUUAUCAUUGACAUUGCUGAUAAGCUUUUAGGCUCUGAUUGGACGUGUCUGAUGAGCUGCUGGUGUGAGAGCCAGCGAAUGAAGAUGGGGUUUUGUAUCUGUACGACAGCAGAGACACCAGACAGAUGGAGACAAAUGGGAGGCGUCUCCUGUUGUCUCGCUAAACAUUCACAGACGCUCACAUGCUUUUUUCAGCACAGAAAACACACACACUCAUCCCUGUCUCCCUGCGACUCCGUUUGUUGUUUGAAAAUCGCAAUAUAUUUUUUAUUUGUCAUCCAGCCUCUGAGGACAGGCCUCGGUUUUACAACAGCAAUACAUAGGUGUGUUUUACACACACACACACACACACACACACACACACCACAGAUAGCUGGAUUGUGAAGAAACUGCAAUGUGCAGAUUGCUGGAUGGUCAUUCUGACAGCCAGAGUAAUGGCCAAUUUAGAGAUGGAUGACAUAAGAAUUGGAGCUGUUCAACCAUGAUGAUGAUUUUUUUUUCUGUAUAAGAUGUAGAGGGAGAGGCAGAUAGAGGUGGUGCGACUGUGUGUUGGCUUUUCUGUCCUAUGCUCGUACUCUCUCCAGGUUGGCCUCCCGUCAUCACAGGGGGAUGCGGUUGCCGUGGCAGCACCACGUUGGCUCAACACGCUCAGUGUUCCUUUGAUUCCUGUCAGCCAACUGACUCACUCCUCCCAAUAUUGUAUUCAAAGCAGUGUUUUUUUGUGUUUGAUGUUUGUUCUCUGUCCCCGUGGCUCAUGCUGCUGUGAAUAGGCUUUUAGAAAGCUGCUGUUUUGUUUUUUUAAUAUAUUUUCGUGUUUCGGUUCGUCUCGUCCGCGCCAGGUGCCAUCUUCCGCUCAGUCUCAGUCACAGGCAGGUGCACAUACCAUCAGUCUUCGUCCGUGUCCGCCAUCGGUGAGAUAAAUGUCAUUGUAACAGUGUUUAGGUGAAAGCAGAGAGAUGACAGGAAUGUUAUGAAGCACGUCUUUGUACGGUCGGCCCGUGUUUGUUCGUCAGUGUGCGCUGUGCUGUGGGCCACCUGUGUUUGUGUUUGAGAUGCUGGAAAGCCUUGGCUUGCAACUGAAUGAUUAUUUACAUAACGAGGGUUGAAUUAUUCCACACAGGACUUAACAGAUAGAAUAAUGUUUGGAUGGUACAGGAAACAUGGUGGCAGUAGAAUAAAAAAAAAUGAACUUGUCCAUGUGUGGACCGCAUGUGAGGCUCAGGAAGUUAGUGUUCAUCACAACCCGCCACUGCUCGUCUGAAUGAUGCUGUUGCUAUAGUAACACAUUGUUGGAAUUCUCGUGCCAAAUCAGCACUGAUUUCCAUCACAUCAUUCAGAGGCAGAUAUUGUGUAAGAUAUUUUUCUGUUCAUUCGAAUUCUACAGCAUUUCAGAGUCCAGUGUUGGAAGAGGCAUUUAUGAGUCUUUCCUUUUGACACUGUAGGUUCAGUCAGAGCCGCUACGUUAGUCUCAUCAUCAGCGCUUUUUGUGUAGACGUGAUGUCCGUCGACCUUUGGAAACACACACACACACACACCCGGCUCGGAGGACAUUAGCUGCUGGUUUUCCCAUUUCAGCUGACGGGUCCUAUGUGACUAACAUGAAGGGUGGAUGUAAGUGCAGUUUUAAUAAGUGUUAGCCUCCGUGUAAUUAAUUUCUGUCCAUUGCUUUGAAACACGGGGCUUUUCCACGGCAAGUAGGCAGCAACGUUAAUUAAACAACCUAAGCCUCGUUUGUCUGUCUUCAGCAUAACCUUGUAAAUAGUUGUUUUAAAAAUAGAAAAAGAGAAUAUCUCUUGGACAAAAUGCACUCUUGUUUCUCCAACUCAAAAACUUUUAUUUAUUUAAACAGAAAUUAUAAAGAUUGGGGAAAUGAUGGUGUUCAACGCUAGAGCCACUGUUGAUCAUUAAUUUUGUGCGUGGGGAACGGCUGUGUGGAGGAUUAACUAACUACACAAUGAAACAAGCUGUUUAAAAGAGAUCUAAAAACAUCAAAUAACAGCUGAUGCAGGCUACAAAAUGGAAAGUUUUAUAUCUAAAAAAAAAAAAACACAUGAAGGUUUACUAACCAAUAUAAGAAAAAGGAAAAAAAGGUUUGAAAAUGUUGUGUAGAGUAAUAAAUUGUAACAAUAUUUUAAAUAAAGUUAUAUAUUGGGAACAAAA